AACCCUGCGGAUCUUGCAGAGGUAAAGCAGGGAGAAUUCCAUGCUGAUUGAUUCUAGCAGAGAGCUAGCUGGACUAUUUUCUUGCUGUAGCAGUCUUUAGAUCACUAGGCGAGUUAAUAUUACUGAAAAUAACAGAAUAGGACAACCCAGCACCUAGCGGUUUAGGGAUUCCGAUAAACUUUAGAUUCUUCAAGGGUUUUGUGUUCGCUGUAAAGCAGGCUUUCCUGAAAAGCCAGGACGCCAUAACAGUCCAACAAACGCUCUAGUGACAUUGUUAUUAGAAAGAGAGGACAGUUCUAAGUUAUAGCGCCCGUGAACUUUGUUUCUCGGCAGAAAACACGAUGAUGUUGUGCUCCGUGAACUUUGCGUGCGCUAUUAUUGUCGCUUGCUUAUGUUUCGUAGAUUCAGAGUCAAUAUACGAAGCCCUCGGUAAGAAGCCUCAUUUGUCAGAGUUCUAUAACAUGGUGGGGCAAGGAACAGUUCUUGUAACUUUAUUAGAUAGUCGAGAUGUAACACUUUUUGCCCCCACCAAUGCUGCUCUGAAAAAAGCGAAGUCUAGAAAAAUGGACGAUCCCAAAAGAGAUGUUGAUCCUAGGAUAUACGUCUUAAAUAUGUUUGCUCCUAAAUCCAUGUUUCCCUUCCGAAAAGCUCCUUAUCUGGCCGGAGUGGCUCCACUCUACUUGAAAAUCAAAGAAGAUGAAAAUAGGCCUAAGGAAUAUUUCGUAAACAACGCAAAAAUCAUUGGCAGCGAAGAAUAUCGUGGCACAGAAGGAAAAACACAACUUCUAUAUAUAAUUGAUGAUGUUUUAGAACCAUACAUUCCUGUCUCAUCUCAACCACCUCCAACAGCUCUACAAUUGCUGAUUCAGCCAAGUGUUUACAAAUUGAAGGAACCACUUGAUGCUUUUGCUGGUCGUGUAACAUCUGAGACAGAAAAAACAUUUUUCAGCCGUGUUGGACAACAUACUUUCUUUCUUCCAGUUGGAUCAGCUGAUGAAAUGAGCAGUGUAAAACUUCAAGAUAUUGAUCAAUGGAUUGUACGAGCUCACGUGAUUUCUCAACAUGUUCUUUUCUUACGGACAAUGAGCAGAAAAACUUACCUUUCAGAAACAUGGGGAGAACAUUUGAAAGUUGAAUUAAAAAUUACGAAUGAAUCUCCAACCGAGGAUGAUGAUAAAUGGUACAUUCAAAGCAACACCAUUCUAAGUGAUAUGAAACACCGUAAAGGUAUGGUACGUGCCAAAAUUGUUCGACCUAACAUACCAGUAAGCAAUGGAGUAGUACACCUCAUUGACAAACCAUUAAUGGUGAUAGACAAGACGCUUUGGGAGCAAAUAGAAGAAUAUAAAAGCGAACGACUUAGCCAAUUUUAUAAUUUGGCCAUGAGCAACCUAAGGUUUAUGUCAUACCUUAAAACGAUGGGAAGACCAACAACUGUUUUUGCUCCAUCUGAUAAAGCAUUCAGAGCUAUUCAAAAUGUGGAAAAGUAUCAACAAAUCUUUUCUAACGCCACUGCAACAAGCAAUUUGUUAGAAUUACACUUGAUUAUGGAGUCAGUAGCCACAGAAGAUGUCUGGAACAAAAACGUGACUAAACAGUUGACAUCGGAUAAUAGAAGAAAUCUUUAUUUCCGAGUGGUCGGAGAUGAAAGAAACAAAACUUUGACUGUUGAAGGAGGAGGUGUAAAUGCCACAGCAAUUAUGGCAGAUAUAGGAGCAACAAAUGGAAUCCUUCACAUCAUUGAUCGCGUGCUUGGAAUGCCUUAUCUUACAGUAUACAGCAAGCUCGCUCAUGAUCCGGAUUUACACACUACUUAUAAGCUUGGAAUGCAGGAGUCGUGGAAUCAGAAGUUGAAUGAUAAGGAAAAGCGUUAUACUUUCUUUGCUCCUAGCCGCAAAGCUUGGGAAGAUCUUGAAAGGGAAAUGCCAUCAGAGCACAAACAAUUACAUUUGGGUCAAUUUAGCUACCAUGUACACAAGAUACUCGAUCGUCAUCUAGUUGUUGGAAAUGAACUUACUAAGGAAGAUCUGGAAAAACUUGGAAAAGUCCAAAUGGUUCAUGGAAUGUUUCGAAUUUCACCUGGAUAUCAAAGUGGUUCAUUAAAAGUGGAAUGGGAAGGUCUUGAAGCUCAUAUUGUCCGUCCUGAUGUCAAAGCUACAAACGGAAUUAUCCAUGUCAUCGACAGAGUAAUGAUGAAAAGAAGAGAUCUUACCAAGUCUGGAGCAGGAUCUUGGAGCCCAUCGAUUAUCACAUUUGUACUCCCAGCUAUUUUCUUCUUGAUUUAAAUACAAUUUUAAUUGAUUAUUCUAAUAAAAUUCGAAAUUUUUGACAUCAAGUGUGGAAAUCUGAAAAGAAAAGGAAACUUUCGAAUCGCUGGUUUAUGUACUUAUAUAUAAUUUUUUUUGAAAACUCACUAAAAAUCAAUGUUUUCUGUUUGUAUAUAUUUUAUGCAAUGAUGUUCAUGUUAGAAUGUGUUUCAUUAUGAUAUUUCAACGUUUCAAGAAUGUAAAAGAUUUCUUGGAGAGUAAGCUAAUGCACUUUUUGAAAGUUAAAAAGUCGUACAUGCUUUGUACAAAUAGAAAGUAAUAAAGCAUUCUGUGAAAAUAUUAAUUUUAUUGUCUCUAAAGUUUUGACAAUGUUUUAACAAUGGACUUACAAAUAGAAAUAUUUACUUAACAUGUUCUUUGUAGUGAAUUUUGUAACCUAAUUAAAUGGACUGGUUAAUUGACUGCUAAUUGUAAUUUUAUCAAGAAGGCUGUCAUGCUGCAUCAUUUUCGUGUAAUAUUGUAGAAAUUCUUCUAUAAUGGUGUUAAAUAAACGUAACCCAUUCUGAUAAUAAAGCACCUAGAAAAAUGAUGCCAUCAGGAUAUUCUAAGAGCAAUGAUAUACCUACAUUUGGUAUUAUUAGAAUCUGCUUAACGGGUAGAUUUCUUUUUGAAUAGUUUUGAAAAAACUUCAAGAAAAAAUAAAACUCUCAAGUGAAACGUAAAACUGUGUUUGAAAAGAAGCAAUAUUUAUGUUUCUUUCAAUCAACAGAUUUUGUAUAUAUCUCGACAGUAUACUUUCUUAACAUUUAAACAUGACUCUCAAGCUCAAUGUUUACUAUUUAUUUGCUGUUAUAUUUAUAAUGCUAAAUGUGGCUGCAAACAUUUAAAUUUUAUGUUAUUUUGCGUCUCUAAAAUAAUCUCAGACUGAAUUUAAAGAAAUAAAUAAGCAUUUUUGUAUGUAGAAAACAAUUCACCUUUAAUGGAGUUUUACAAAAUCGUAUGCAUGUUAGAACCUUUAUGUCAGUUUAAGCUCUAAAAUCACAAGGUUCAAUUAGGUAGUAUGCAUAUCUGACUAGCUUGUAACAUAUCUGGGAUAAUGAUAAGCCACAUUGAUUGUAGAUUUCCUUUUAUUUACCAGUAGAUCAUUUCUUCUCACUUCUUUAAAUACAUUUCUGAAAAGCUUAACAAUGACUCAUCUAUUGUAAUUAUUUCAUACAAAAAUAUACGUAGAAAAUUAACUUUGAAUAUGGUUCAAUUUAUUUGUCUUCUUAUUGUACCAUUUUUUUCUUCCAAUGCAUUGCUAGUUCUGUGCCAAUCAAAACUAACAACACAUCAAAUAAAAUAGGUGCUUUUAUUUUUGUCCACAUAAUUUUUGUGUAUUUAAAGGAUUACAUAAGGAUUAUAAAGGAAUUUUUUUGUUUGAUAAAUCAUAAGCUGUUAGUUAAUAUAUAUAAAGUGUAAUUCAGAUUUUUUUAGAAUUAAUAAUGCAUUGCCAAGAGAUUUUCUAAUUGCCAAUAAAUUCUAGAGGUCAUCCAUUUAUUCUGUGUUCAAAUAAAUAAAUGCCAAUUUGCAUUUAUAUUAAUUGUGAGAUGUUUCUGUCAAAAAUGAGAAAAAUAAUUUCGUGUAAAUUCAUAUUUCAGCUUAAAAAUUUAAAUCUUUUAUAGUUAUGCAAAUUUAUUAAUAAAUCUUCCUUACACUUUUUGAAAAUGGAUAUUGUAUGAAAGGAGGGAAGUCAUCGAGUGGUGUAUAAAAUGAAUUAUUAAUUAAGAGCUUUGGAAAUAUGUAGCAGAUUUUUUCAUUCAAUUUAUAACUGUUUUUUAUUUAAAAAAAUGUUUAAGAUUUGGUUUUAAUAAUAUGUCCAUUAUUUUUUUUUUAUUUUUAAUUGGCGACGAAUUAAUUUUUUCAUUUAAAAAUACUGAAAGGUACGAUCAGAUAUUUCAUCCAAGUGUACCCAUUUUUGAGCUUUACUUGUGUUGCAAAAUAUCAUUAAAUAUUGCAUACACAUUGUUCAAAAAUAUUAAUAUAUUCCCAAAAUUAUUCAAAAAGGCUGUUAUUGUAAAAACUUCAGUCUCGUCAUAGCUUUCUCGUUUGAAAUGAAAGUUUUAAAAUCUUUAAAUCAACUUCAUAUCAGAAAAAUUCUUGCUAGAGCCCAUUUGUAACGACUGAUUUUGAUCAUAUAUUGUAAUGAUUUUAAUUUCUAUUAACAGGCACAUUUUGUUACAACUUUUCUUGUAGAAAACUGCUGUUAUCUAGUCACUUUAAUAAUUUUAAUUACAAUCAUUUAUUAAUAAUCACAUAUAGAAAAUUUUACGAUUGUUAAUAAUUGUUCAUAAACAUAUAUGUAUAUAGAUGCAUUCUAAUCUUUUAAAAAAUAAAGUAUAUUUAUUUUAUUUAUUAUCAUUUAGGUAAGUGUUCCAAACUUUACAGAUUAUUAUAUAGGCAUGAAAAUGUAAAUAGUUUCUGCACAUUCAGCCUAUAGAUGGGUUACUUAAAUAUGAUCUCAAUUUUUGGGUUACAUUCACUGCCAAUAAUUUCAUUAUUUCAUAUGUGCUUUUCUCAAUUGCACGGCUGAAGCUUUAGCCCAGUUCUUAAGAAGUAAUUUUCCUCCAAAUGUCAUAAUAUAUGAAAUUUAUGAUCGGAAAAUAUCGAGCUUUGUAAUAUGCGUAGCUAAAUCGGACAAAUUUUUGAUCAGUUUUUAAUUUUAUGUUAAUUAAAACAAAAAGUCUCCAUCUUUAAUUUACGAAAAACUAUGAUUGUCAUUAGCAGCAGAUUUGUAUUAUAAACUAUGUGUUAUGUAUAUCUCAUCUAUUAACUUUAUUAAUUUCUAUUUUGAUGCAAUGUUGCUGUUGAAAAAUGAUAUGUCAAUGUGUUGUACUAAAUUUUGAAAUCAAUGAAAUUUGUAAUGUUAUAUAUUUAAGAAAGAGGUUAUGAAUUCAUUAUAACGUGGAUGUAUUAAAAGUGUUUUUAUUUGAUAAAAUAUAUUUGUUGUUUCUUGUGCUUUGUAUAUUUUAUAAAUAUAAAUUUAGAUACCUUGUAAUUUAAGCUAAAACCAUGUGUGAUGAAAAUGACCAUGUUUUACUCUUGAAAAAGGAUCCGGCCCUAAAAUUCUAAAAUACUCAUUUUUAAAGAUUUGCCAAAUGAUUCUAUUUUCACUAUGACUUUAUUAUUGUUGUUUUCAUACAUAAUUUGAUCAAAGUUGUUUAAUUAUCUAUUUGAAUUUUUGCAUUUAUUUACUCCAUUCUUCAGUUUUUCUUAUGUCUUUUAUUGUAUUAUAUAAUGACGUUUGUUGUUAAAGACUAACUAAAUUUCUUAUAUUUUGAAAUGUAACGUUUCAGUUCAGCUCUUCGUAGUAUAUUAGGCCGGCCUUUCCAUCAACGACAUUAAAAGUCAUAUCUUUAUUUGCAAGUGUUUAAAUUGUUUGUUACUAUAACAUAGGUGUUUUCUAUUGAAUGACUCUUCACAUUGAAUGUAUUAAAUAUAAAUCAUUAAUAAAGCCAUAGAAUCGUAAUUUA